CAUUAAGUUAAGAGAUAUCUAGCUACCCACAAGAAAUUUCCCUUGAAAACUUUCGCAUAUUCUCAUAAUAAACAAUUUGUUGAAAAUUUCCCGUUUGUUUACAAACUUUUGGAAUGAUUUAACGCUAAUAAACUGGAUGUACAGCAUCAAGAGAAGAAAACUAAGCAAUGCAACAGCCAACACAAGCAACGAAAGAUUUCAAUUUCUUAGUGCCUAGCACUAGCAAAAGCACCUUCAAUCUGAAGAGAAAUCAUGGAAACGUCCAAUCUACUAGUGAUCAAAACUGUCCUCAAAAUGUCAAGAAACUCAAAGUUUCAAAUGAAGGAAGGCUGGAAAUUGACGAUUUUAUGGACUUUAGAGCAACUUUGCAGAAAUUAAAGGAAAACCAUGAGCUUAGACAAAAAGAUAUGCCUCGUAAAUAUUCAGACGAAAUGGACGAUUAUACAGAACAUGAAGUUCCUGCCAAAAUAAAAACCCAGCCAAUUCAGAAAGUACAGAAAGUCCCAAAGCCUUCAAACUUUAAAAAGCAAAGCUCAUACCGGAUACCAAAAGCAGUCACAAAUCGGAACGUUGUGCCUUUAAAGCCUCAAGGAAGUUUUUAUGGAUUAUCAAAAAAUCUUAAGACUUUCUUGCUGCAAAUUAGAGGAAUAUCAAAGCUAUAUGAAUGGCAGGAACAGUGCCUGAGCUUAAAGGCAGUCGAGGAUCGUACAAAUUUAAUUUAUUCAACGCCAACAAGUGGUGGCAAAACUCUAGUCUCAGAGAUUCUUAUGCUUCGUGAAGUGCUGUUGAGAAAACGAAAUGUGAUCUUUAUAGUUCCUUAUGUCUCAAUUGUCCAAGAGAAGGUACAAGAAAUGAUGUCAUUAGCUGUAGAAUUUGAUUUUCUGAUUGAGGAAUAUUGUGCAGGAAAAGGAUCACUUCCGCCUGUUAAACGACGCAAUAAAAACUCGAUUUACAUCUGUACAAUCGAAAAAGGUCAGAUCUUGCUUGACAGCCUGCUUGAAUCUAAGAGAAUUGCUGAAGUAAGCUUAGUUGUUGUAGAUGAGCUACACAUGCUUGGAGAUUCUCAUCGUGGACACAUUUUAGAGUCAUUCUUGACUAAAAUCAUUUAUCUUGAACAUAUUCCUAUCCAAAUUGUAGGAAUGUCAGCAACAAUAUCAAAUUUGGAUGAGAUUUCUGAUUUUCUAGCUGCUGAGUCAUUUACGUACGAUUUUCGUCCGAUUGAACUUAAAGAAUUUCUGAAAACUGGAACUGAAUUAUAUAAAAUUAACCAUAAAGCCACAAAUCCAUCAGGAAUCCUUAAAAAGACUGAAAAAGUUAUUGGACGAAGCUACACGCCAGAAAUGUUAAAAAGAGAUACUGAUCAUAUUGGAUAUUUCGUCUAUAAAGCAGCUAUGGAAUCGUCAUGUCUAAUUUUCUGCGCUACUAAAGUGAAUUGUGAAAAUGUUGCAUUGCUGAUUGCUGAAUGCUUGCCAAAGGAACUGAUGAAAAAGAAAAAUGACGAAAAGAAGGAUUUAAUUGCAGCACUUAAGUCCGAUUUUAAUGGUGGAAUUUGUCCAACUUUAAAUAAAACGAUUCCUUUUGGCGUUGCUUAUCAUCAUUCAGGCCUCACGAGUGAAGAAAGAAAGCGCAUCGAGGAUGCAUUUCACUCUGGAAUCCUUACAGUCAUAUGCUGUACAUCAACACUAGCAGCAGGAGUAAAUUUGCCAGCAAGUCGUGUGAUUAUUCGAGCACCGUACGUUGGAAGAGAAUUAAUAACACUAAGUCAAUACAAGCAGAUGAUUGGACGUGCAGGAAGAGCUGGAAAGAGUGAAAAAGGUGAUAGUAUUUUAAUGUGUGAUAAAAAAGACUUUGAAAAAGUUGCAAAUAUGUUGACAUCAAAAAUGGAAGAUACAUUUAGUGCUUAUCUUAAGGAUACCAAAUAUGUUAAAGAAUUAAUUAUAAAUUUAAUUGGAACUGGAUUGUGUAAGAAUUUCGAGGAACUUCAUGACUAUUCAAAAUGUAUGUUGAGUCGCGUACAACAAGACAGAUUUGAUAUGGAUAUGAAGACAAUUUUUAUAGACAAAUUAAAGGAACUGCUUGAAGCAGGCCAAUUAAAUCAAAAGUUUCAGUCCAAAAAAUCAAAACGUCCUUCAAUAUUAACGUGCUUGCAAGAUCAGAUUGUAGUCUAUGCUGAAGAUCAUUUUGAGAUUAAUAAAGUCGGUAAAGCAGCUGUAAAAUCUGGAAUGACAUAUGAAGAUGCAAGUCAACUCCACAUAGACUUGACUAUUGCUCAUACAAGUCUUGUACUAUCUCAAUGCCUUCACUUGAUGUAUAUUGUGGCACCAAAAGAAGCUGUAGACUCAAUUUACUUGGACUAUAAAAAUUACAGUGAUAUUUUCCUUAAAUUGGACUCGUCAAUGCUAAGCACAGCAAGAGUUAUUGGAAUUGAUGAAAUAUUAGCCGUAAAAAUGAUAAGAAAUCCAAAUUUUCAAGGCGACUUACUUUAUAUGAUUAAGAAAUUUUAUGUUGCCUUAAUUCUUUACGAUCUUUGGAAUGGUCAGGAUUUAUUAAGUGUGUCCAAAAAGUAUAAGGUGAAUCGUGGGAUUGUACAUAAAUUGAUGUAUGCAGCAUCGUCGCAAGCUUAUAGCAUUUUUAAGUUUUGUGAAGUUUAUGAUGAAUUUUGGAUAUUCAAGGAGAUUAUGGAGCAGUUUUCUAAAAGAUUGGCUUAUUGCUGUUCGACUGAGUUACUUCCUUUGAUGGAAUUACCAAAUGUUAAGAUUGCUCGUGCUAAAAUGAUGUACGCGGCUGGUCUUCGUACUAUUGCUGACAUUGCAGCUAUAACUUCUGAGGAUCUUGUCAGAACAAUUAAGAAUAUCAAUAAGAAGCAAGCAGAUCAAGUUGUUAGAGCAGCAAAGAAUACAAUGAAUGAACAAAUUGACACAUUAAAAGUGCAGAUGUAUGAGAUGCAGAAAGUUUUAAGGGAUGCUGGACAGAAAAAUGUGCUUGACAAGAUAUAGUCUUUUUUCUGUAAUUAAUUAAGUUCUUAUGGAAAUACAGUCAAAAAAUCAAUUAAAUAUUUAUUUACUCAAUAAAAGAAGAAUUGAC